GAUUGGGAGGUAGAGCAAGAGGAGAGGAGAGAGGGAAAGAAAGAGGUUGUUUUAGCGAGCUGCAGCGAAACGCCAGAGGGAGUUGAAAACCAAAGUCUUGUGUAACUGAACUCCCGUCGAGAGCGAGGAGAAUAGCCAGGAUUACUGCAGUCUGUGCGUGAACCGGAGGAGGAGGAGAAGACUGUAGGGAGAGAAGAGACGGAUCAAGUAUAAGAGACAGAACAGAAAAGACGGGGAAGAAGAGAAAGAGUGGGAAACAGAACAUUCCAGUUGUUAUCUCACAUGCUUGUUUCAUACCAUCCAAAGGAAAUCUAUACCGAUUUACAAGGAGAAGAAAAAGAAGAGAUUGGAAUAAAGUUUCUUCCAUUAAGCCCUGAAAGAGCAAGCUUCAGAAUGUCGGUGUCUCGGACGUGCCUGUGCUGUGUCAAGUAUCUGAUGUUUGUCUUCAACCUCAUCUUUUGGCUGGGCGGCUGCGGGCUGUUUGGCGUCGGGGUGUGGCUGUCCUUCACCCAGGCCGAAUUCUCCUCCCUGCCCCUGUCCUUCCCCUCGCUCUCCGCCGCCAACCUGCUGCUGGUGGCGGGCGGCGUCACCAUGGUCACGGGCUUCCUGGGCUGCCUGGGCGCGCUGAAGGAGCAGCGCUGCCUCCUCAUGACGUUCUUUGUGAUCCUGUUGCUCCUGGUUCUGACAGAGGUGACGCUAGUGCUGGUGAUACACGUCUUCCACAAUACGCUGGACACCAAAGCGCAGGACGAGUUGAAGGAGGCGAUGAAGACUUACACGAGUGAUGAGGGCCUGAAGAAGUCCUGGGACAACGUUCAGAAGAUGUUCAAGUGCUGCGGCGUCACGAACAAGACGGACUGGUACGGGGUGCUGAACGGCACGCUGCCCUCGUCCUGCUGCUCAGUGGGGGCGCACCAGUGUGAGGACGGCUGGAGCGAGGCCUGCUACCAGAAGGCCAGGAACUGGCUGCUGGACAACAUCCCCUCGGUCCUGGUGUUUGGAGUGUGCAUCGGGAUCGUUCAGAUUCUGGCUCUAGUCUUCUCGCUGCUGAUGUACUGUCAGAUCCUGCGGGCUGAGAAGUACCUGGACUGAGUCUGGGGGAUGAAGAUGAACAGAUGAAUCAUAGACUGUCCUGUGAUCACAGCGUAACCACACAUACACAAACUCUACAUACAUAACUGAAAAUCCUUUGAUCACAUGACAACAUGAUUCAACUGUGGGACAACUGUGUCUCAAAAGCUCAAACUGAUUAAAAGGUUUCAGAAGGUUUGAUGACCGGGGGGGUCCAACACCGGUUUUGGUUGCUGUUGGUAACGGCUGCGUUACCAACAGCAACCAAAACCGGUGUCUGUGAGCUUCGCAAGCGACCCAAGGAUGUUGUUCAAAAACGUAUGUCUUAAAAUGUGCUUUGCUUAUGAUUCAUGUACUGAUGUCCCUGUCCACAUUGUAUAACAUUGAUUACCACUUAGUAUUUCUUGGCAAUCGUUAGUCGUAGACCGAUGUAAACGUCAGUAACGUCCAAAGAGGUAUAGAUGACAAUAUUACUGUACACAGAACUAAAAAACAAAUCACAAAAACCAAUGAAUGAUAGAUGGCGUCAAUGUGCACAUAAUUUAAAUUGACAUUUCAACAAUGUUUUUGGAUCUGUAAUCUAUUGAAUGUAUUUUUGUUGAGUUACUCAAAUAAAUAUGGCAUUGUUCAAAGUGUA